CAGUUUGAAACUCGAGUGGAAAGUGUUGAGAUCUCUCUGGACGCGCGCUGUGCCGAAGAAAAUUUGCAAAGAAUGACCGGCAAAGUGGAUAAAGUUGGUGAUGUCCAGCACGAAGGUGAAGCAACAUGCUUGGCUUAUCGGGAUAACACACUCUACUCUGGAGGUGCUGAUGGAAAAAUAAGGAUCUGGGAUACUGCCGAUGUGGUGCAGAAACGUGAAAUAACUGCCCAUGAGGCCCUUAUUUAUGCCAUGACCUUAGAUAGUCGCGGACGCCUUUACACAAGCAGUACGGAUGGCCUGGUGAAGAUCUUCGAAAAUCCACGAUCCGUUGAAUUCUCCCAAGAACUCAUGAAGUCCUUCGAUGAGCUGCUCUGUGUGAUAGCUGUGGGAGAUGAUAUCUAUACCGGCGAUGAUCAAGGAGUGGUAACGUGGUUUGUUGAUCGCAAAAUUAAAUUCAUGUACAAUCUUGUGGAAGAAGUCAAAUCUCUUGCCGUAGAAGGAAAUCUCAUCUACACCAUUCGUGACACUGACUGUGUGAUAACAGAGAAAACUGACCUAAAAACGGGAAAAUUUGCAACAAAACGUGUUCUUCCUGGCAAAUCGCCGAUGAUCAUCUGUGGUUUAGAGACAAAUGGCACCAAACCCUGGCUAGUGUUCUGUACACGUGAUGGCAAAGGUGUCACUGUAAUUGAUAACUUCCGACGACCGCAAGCACCCUCUGCUCCCUGGACUGAAAUCUGGACCAAAGAGAAUGCCCACGAAAUGAUCAUCAAUUGCAUGUACGGAAAUACAUAUGGAUUCUAUACAGGAGGUUGGGAUGGAGAAGUGAAGAAGUGGGUGGAUGUUGACAAAUAUCCCAAAAUUGCAGGUGAGGCCAAUAUUGGAUGCUGUGUCAAUGCCAUAACGGAUGGACCAGAUGGAAGUAUCUUUGCGGCAGGUGCUGAUGGUAAAAUUAGGAAAAUCGUUUUUGAUUAAGAUUGGGAAAUUUUCAAAAAAAAUCAUCUAAGAACACCCCCAAGUGAAAGAAGAGGAAUGGACAGAUAAAAGAGAAUCGUUUUAAUUCUUAUUGUCGCAUUAAUUUGCUUAAUGGUAUGUUAUAAGAGAGAUAAAAAAAUAUCCGAAUUUUAUGUCUAUUUUAAAAAUAAAAUUUAUGAUUAUUUACACAA